AUGUCCCACCUCUCCGGCGGCUCCUCGGGCACCGGCACGAGUGCGGGUAGCGCAAAGCUACUCAAUGACUACCAACUCGGCGAUUCGCUCGGAAAGGGCGCGUUUGGACAGGUUUAUCGCGCGUUGAACUGGGCCACGGGUGAGACCGUCGCGGUGAAGGAGAUUCAACUCAGUAAUAUUCCGAAGAAUGAGAUUGGGCAGAUCAUGCAACUCGGCGAUUCGCUCGGAAAGGGCGCGUUUGGACAGGUUUAUCGCGCGUUGAACUGGGCCACGGGUGAGACCGUCGCGGUGAAGGAGAUUCAACUCAGUAAUAUUCCGAAGAAUGAGAUUGGGCAGAUCAUGUCCGAGAUCGACCUCCUCAAGAACCUCAAUCAUCCAAACAUCGUCAAGUACAAAGGCUUCGUCAAGACGCGCGAGUUCCUCUACAUCAUCCUCGAAUUCUGCGAGAACGGAUCCCUAAACCACAUCUGCAAACGCUUCGGCAAGUUCCCAGAGAACCUCGUCGCAGUAUACAUCUCCCAAGUCCUCGAAGGCCUAGUCUACCUGCACGACCAGGGUGUCAUUCACCGCGACAUCAAGGGCGCAAAUAUUCUCACGACGAAGGAUGGAGCUGUGAAGCUUGCGGAUUUCGGCGUGGCGAGUAAUACGACGGCUGCCGGAGCUGCGAAUGACGAUGCAGUAGUAGGAAGCCCAUAUUGGAUAGGAAGCCCAUAUUGGAUGGCACCGGAAGUUAUCGAGCAAUCCGGCGCAACAACUGCGUCCGAUAUAUGGAGUGUAGGCUGCACCGUGAUCGAGCUCCUCGAAGGUCGACCACCCUAUCACUUCCUAAAGCCCAUGCCCGCUUUAUACCGCAUAGUCCAAGACGACUGUCCACCAAUCCCCGAAGGCGCCUCUCCCAUCGUUAAAGACUUCCUCUACCAUUGUUCCCAGAAGGACGUCAACUUGCGGAUUUCGGCGAAGAAGCUGUUAAGGCAUCCGUGGAUGGUGCAGGUGAAGAAGCAGUUGGGUGUCGAGUCGGCGCCAGGACCGAGUGCGGGGGGCCAGACGUCGAGGACUGCGAGUCAAUAUAACUAUGAUGAGGCGGUGUUGAAGGUGCAGGAGUGGAACGAGGCGCUCAAGUCUCCAAGACGACCGUCGAAGCACCCGCGUCGCGGCCAAUCUGUCCGCGAUUCCCCGCCAGAGUCGCCCACGGAAACGGCGUUCGGCCUCGUCAAUGCACCGACUGCGAACCUGUCAUCGUCGCUUCUCGGUCAAGCACCCGCUCUGAACGGCAAGAAGAUGCCGAUUGUGGCUAACAAGAGCGUUCUGCCUGUGCCUGCCGUACUCGUUCAGCCCGAAGAACAGACGGAUAACUGGGAUGACGACUUCGAAGAGGGUAUCUCGUUCUCUAAGCUUCAAGCGCUUGAGAAGACCGCAGCGGAAGAAGACGCGAAGGAAAAAGAGAAGCGAGAGCGCGAAGCCCGUCGCGAGCGUGAAGACGCCGACAACGCCAAGACAAUCCGGCCCUCACGCUCCCCAGGCGGCGCGCCCUCACCCUCAUCCCGCCCGCGCGCCAUCACGCCCAUCGUCGAGGACUACUCCGAUCUGGGCGACGACGGCGACGACGCAUGGGCCGAGCGAUUGCAGAUGUUUCAACAGCGCAAUCCCGCCGCCGUCGUCCAAAGUGGGAGCACGAGGAGAGGCUUGUUUCAUCCGGACGAUAUCAAGACGCUCGGGAUCUCUGGCACGGGCGGCAAUAUGAGUCCUGGACCAAGGACGGCUCCGUUGCCGUCUGACGGUAGCCCAUCCAACACCUUCCUAUUCGGGAACAUGCAAUCUUCCGCGGCUGGCGCUUCAGGAUCCGGCUCGAUCGGGAGCACGAGGAGAGGCUUGUUUUAUCCGGACGAUAUCAAGACGCUCGGGAGCUCUGGUACGGGCGGCAAUAUGAGUCCUGGACCAAGGACGGCGUUGCCGUCUGACGGUAGCCCAUCCAACACCUUCCUAUUCGGGAACAUGCAAUCUUCCGCGGCUGGCGCUUCAGGAUCCGGCUCGAUGUCAGGUAGACCGAAAGCGGAUAGAGCGUCUCGGCGCGCUAGUACGGGACGACCGGAGCUGGUGGGACAUGGCCAUGGGAGGAGCCCAAGCUUCGCGGGGCCUAGUCCCGCGGGGAGCAUUGGGAGGGGAGAGAUGCGGAGGAUGCAGAGCGAUAGUCAUUUUGAGCGGUAUGCGGAGACGGACGAUGAGGAUUACGAGGACGUGUUCGGGAAACCGAAUGGGACGGUUUCUGGUACGGAAGCGCCAAUGCAACUCACGACGCGUUUGUCGAACAAGUCGUGGCUCGGCGACGAAGACACGGACGAGGAGGAUCCUUUCGCGGAGAUCGACGAAGGGUUUGACGAGGAUGAUCUGGAGGCGAAUCUUCAACACGACAAGUACGCUCGGCUUACGAGCAAUAUCAGCAGUCUCAUCGACGAGCUGUCUCCCGCCGCCCCGGACUUUCAGCUGCGCGACGCGUGCGAUCAGCUCAUGGGUAUCUUGACGGACGCACCGGAGAUGCAUGUGCAGUUCAUGAGUUCGCAUGGGAUGGAGGUUAUCAUGCGGCUGUUGCAGAUCAUCAAUCUGCUCGUGACUGCGGACGCUGGGUUCUUGGAGAGUUUCUGCUUGAUAGGAGGUAUCCCGGUCAUGAUGGGAUUCACUUCUAAGAAAUACCCAUCAGAGUGCCGACUCGAAGCGUCGAACUUUAUCCAAUUGCUCUGUCACACGAGCGUAUUGACACUCCAGAUAUGUCGCGGUCUGAAGGUUUUGGUCGACCUACUGGACGAGGACUUUGCCGAGCAGACGGAUCUUGUCGUACACGCGUUGGGAGGCAUCGGCUCCGUAUUUGAGCUGCAGAGUCCGACGACGAAGAAUGACUUCUGUAGGAUGUUCAUUCGCGAAGGCUUACUGGAUCCGCUUUCGUCUGCGCUUCUGAACGUCAUGGUUAACCGCGGCCCGACGGCGGACGAGAUGAAGCGCCGGAUCAUCGCCGUGCUGCUCGUUUUCUGCCAGGUCAGCCAACAGGAUAUCCAUGUGCGGAAAGCGCUUGGCACGCGCAAGGUUGUCCGAAGAUUGCUCCGGGCAUGCGAGUUACUGGAGCCCGAGUACUUGGUGCAAAUGCUCAAGGCCAUCAAACACCUCUCCAUGAAUGCCAUGCUCCUCGAAGUCCUCCAGAACGCCAACGCCAUCGAGAUCCUCACGCGCAUCUUAGACGAACAGAGCGCUGGACCUCACAGCACAGAGAUGUCGAACCACAUCUUCCAGGCGCUCUACAACCUGUGCCGCCUGAACAAGGGACGUCAAGAAGAGGCCGCGCAAGCAGGCAUCAUCCCCUGUCUCGUUCGCAUUGUUCGGAGCGCCUCGCCGCUCAAGCAACUUGCGUUGCCUAUACUGUGCGAUCUGGCCAGUGCUGGGAAGAGUUGUCGAACCUUACUGUGGCAACAUGGUGGCCUCAAUUUGUACAUUGAGCUCCUCACGGACCCAUACUUCCAAGUAUCUGCGCUGGAAUCCGUACUCGCCUGGUUGCAGGAGGAGACCGCACGUGUCGAGGACGAGCUGCUGAAGCAGUCCUCGCUAGACGCGUUGCUGAAAUGCUUUGUGUCAGCAAAGGCGGGUUCAUUCGAGAACCUGCUUGAUCCCCUACUCAAGAUCAUACGUCUCGCGCCGCCCGUGGCUAUCGGCAUCGCCAAGACAGCCUUUUUCAAGCGCGUCGUGGAGAAGCUUGGAAACUCUAAGGCCGUCGUGAAGCUCAACCUACUCAGGAUUCUGCGCGCCGUAUACGAGAUCCACCCCAACCGCGCGAGCCUCGUCGUUCGUUUGCGUCGCGAGGACCCGGCGGUGCUCGUGCGCGAACUGGAGCGCGAAAUCGAGCCGAGUUUGCGGCCUGCGCUCGCCGGGCGCGCAUCAGCUAUCAAGGCGCUCGAGACGCCCAAGAGCGGUGUUGCGCCGAAGAAGAGGUCGAGUCGGAGGACGGCGUCGGAUACGUCGGGCGUUAGUAUGAUCUCGCCGAAUCAGUCGCUGGCGAGUAGUGGGGCGCGAGAGGCGCGCAAGAGUCAUUUGCCGUCGCGGAAUAGGUUGGGCGAUAUACCGUGGCAGGCACCCGGUGGGGGAGAGUCGCGUUGA